GCCUAUACCUGCUGGUCCUGGUCAGAGUGUCUCAAUGGAUUUCAUGGACACUCUUGUGACCAGCAAAAGCGGUAAACGUCACAUCUUCGUCAUUGUGGGCAGGUUCACCAAGUAUGUUAGACCAAUCGCUAUGCCUGAGACAACUAGGACUGACCACGUCAUCAAGCUAUUCGUGGAUAACUGGGUGGUUGGGGGUGGUAGCACUGUGGGACCCAAUUCAGUGGCAACGGCCUGCAGUAGUCGACGUACAAGCCGUUAUACACGAGCAGAAGGAACGUGCAGACUGCCGGCAGGGGGGCUGGUGCGGUCGUAUGGUGGUGCGUGGCAUGCGGCUUUUGCGGUGAGGCUGCGGAGCUGCUGCUCGGGUCGAUUGGUAGGGGGGGCAAGUCCCGCGCCCGCGUCAUCGGAAAGGAGAAGGCGGGACGGCACCGACUGCGGGCGGAGGAGCCUGGCAAGAACCCCUCGUCUUUCUUCUUCUCUUCUGGCAUCUGUCGCGUCUCUGGGGGAGGUGGGUGCUGUGGGGAUUACUGGGGGUGCAAGGAGGGAUAGGAGGAGGGAGAGGAAUGGGGUGGUCGGCACGCGAACCAGAGGGUGGGGAAGGGGCCCUGUGUUUACGACGAUGAUGAGUGCAGAAGGCGGUGGCGGGUCACCCGAUGAUGGUGGAGAGACCAGCAACAGAUUGCGGCGGCGGCGGAGUGGUGGAGGAAGGGACGACGGGUGGGCGCCAGGCGGGGAGGCGCAACGAGGAGCGGAGGGAGGCGCGGGGAGAGGCGAAGAAGGGUCAUCUUCCGCUUCGACUAGCCCAAGCAGUUCUAGUGGAGGACAACCAUCUCCUAGAGGGUUUGGAGUCGGAGUGCGAGGAGGGGGCAAAAACUCGCGGAAGAGUCCCCCUCCAGAGGCCCUGCUGCGCGCCAUUUCCGAAGUGUCGCGAUCCGACGGUCGACAGCGUCAGACAAGGAAUCUCGUUCUCGGAGGCGGCGGGAAUGAAACGCUCGACAACGAUUGGGAGAGGCUAGACAGCGCUGUGAACGAGUAUCCAAGCCUUCGAGGGUUCACGGCUAUUGGAAGUGGGGGAGAGGAUUUCGUCCAAUCGAUGGUUGGUGCGGUGGAGUCGGUGCUGCAGGUGACAUUGCCGGAGCAGAAAAUACAGCGGAGGCUCAGCGAGAAGGGAAACUUUGUGUCUGUUAAGAUCGGGCCGGUGAAGGUUGAGUCGGGGGAACAGGUCCAGGCUGUAUACUUUGCAAUGAAACAGGAUGGACGCAUGCGCUACUUUCUUUAAUAAAGCAAAAAAAAAAAUUGUACUUCUAUAAUUUGAAAUUUGAAAAUUUGAAAUUUGGAAAAUUUAAAUUUGUGAAAAUUUCAAAUUAAAAAAAAAACUUGUGUUGUGGAACAAGCUUGAAGCCUGUUGGAAGGAGAAAAAGAGAGAGCAAGCGGCCUAGGCUCAGUUGUUCAGGCACACAAAGUGGCAUUCGGGAGGUCGAGGGUUCGAUCCUCCUCACUCACCAUCUUGGGUGUGCUUGGUGUGAACCUGCUGAGGUAGUUGGCUUGCUCCUCCUGCUUGGUAUUGGUAGGGUCUUCUCUAGCCAACAUGGGUGUGUGUGAGUGGGUUGCGUGUGGUGGUGUGUUUGAGCGGCGGUUGCGUGUGGUGUGUGUGAGCGUGCUGGCCGUAGACACUGGGUCAACACCGGCUUACUCGAUGGGGGCGGGGGAAGGAGAUGGGAGGCGCAGCUAGUGGCAAACAAAAUUCUCGGUCUUUG